UUCUCUUUCUCCUUAUUCGUUUCUCUUCUUCUUCGUUUCCCUUUUGGUUUUUGUAAGAUCUACAAAAAAACCCUAGAAAGAGAGGAACGUAGGGGAGAAUCACAUAGAGGAUAAAAUUGAUGGGAAGAGGGAAGAUUGUGAUCCAAAGGAUCGAUGAUUCUACCAGUAGACAAGUCACUUUCUCCAAACGAAGAAAGGGUCUUAUCAAGAAAGCCAAAGAGCUAGCCAUUCUCUGUGACGCCGAGGUCGGUCUCAUCAUCUUCUCCAGCACCGGAAAGCUCUAUGACUUUGCCAGCUCCAGCAUGAAGUCAAUUAUUGAUAGAUACAACAAGAGCAAGAUCGAACAACAACAACUACUGAACCCCGCAUCAGAAGUCAAGUUUUGGCAGAGAGAAGCUGCGGUUCUAAGGCAAGAAUUGCAUGCUUUGCAAGAGAACCAUAGACAAAUUAUGGGGGAACAACUAAAUGGUUUGAGCGUCAACGAGCUAAACAAUCUUGAGAAUCAACUUGAGAUAAGUUUGCGUGGUAUUCGUACGAAAAAGGAACAAAUGAUGAAUCAUGAGAUCCAAGAACUAAGCCAAAAGAGGAACCUCAUUUAUCAGGAGAACCUCGAGUUAUCUCGAAAAGUACAACGGAUUCAUCAAGAAAAUGUGGAGCUCUACAAGAAGGCUUAUACAUCAAGCACAAACGGGUUUAUACAACGGGAACUAGCUGUCGCGGAUGAUGAAUCUAACACUCAGAUCCGGCUGCAACUAAGCCAGCCGGAUCAUUUCGAUUAUGAGACCCCACCAAGAGCAAGCCAAUAACACCAUGUGAUUGAUGUGUGGAGAUACGAUGGUGUUAAAAGAAUAAACCAAAUGUGUUUGAAUACGGAUCUUGAAUUGGAAACAAACAAGAAACUUCAAGAAGCCAAGCCAUAAAAAGCAGCAUGUCUCUUCUAAAUUUUCAUCAAAUCAUACGUUUCCUUUCUCUUGUCCCUUUCAAUUGUAUAAAGCAUAUAUAAUACAGAAGAAAUACAAUUAAAAUUGUGUUUAUUAUACUCAUCCUGAGUACAUAUGGUCCGGUCUUUUUAU